CGAUGACAUUUAUACCUGCGCAGUGGAGAAUCCUGUUGGCAAUAUGACCAGCCUGCCUCUACGGCUUACUGUCUACAGAAGAAGUUCCCUCUACAUCAUCCUGUCCACUGGCGGCAUCUUUGUUCUCAUCACCUUGGUAACAGUAUGUGCCUGUUGGACACCAUCCAAAAAGACAAAACCUCCACAAAGAAAGCCUCUCCCUAGGCUCUAUGAUCACUGUCAUCACUCACCAAUCAAGCAUGCAGAUGACCUAUUUCCAAAAAAUGCAGAGCACAAUGGAAUAAAUGCUGUAACUUCUCUCUACAUCCUGCAGCAAAAGGACCCCUCCAUGGAUGACUCAUCAAGCAACAGUAUUGGAUCACCUUCUGAACUUGAUAACCCGCCUUGCUACACCAGUUCCCCCAGCUACAACAGUUGUCUUAACCAGCCAACCAUAUCCCCUACCCACUCCUCAUACAAGUAUAUCUGAAAUCCCAGAUUCAAGUCUCCACAUUACUGCAAAUGAGAGAUCAGGUUGACAUACUGCCUACUGCUCUGACUCUGGAAACAUCUUUCUUUGUCUUCCCUGGUUUUAGAAAAGAUCCCAACCAUUUUCCAUGCAUGGUUUUAUAAUAAUGUAAUUUCAGUUCACUGACAUUUCAUCAAUGAAGUUAACUACAACAUAAAUGAAAAGCCAAAUCUGAGUAAUUGCAUGGAGUUUUUUCCAGAAGAAGAUGAGGGGUCAGUAAGAUUCAAGUGUAAAACUGCAGUGUGUUUAAGACAUGUUAUUUCUGAUGAACUUAAUUUUCCAUCAAAGUCAUUACAGAACAAGACUGGGUUUGUUGGGUAUGUUAUAUGUAGAAAGUCUAAAAUAGAAAAAAAAAAACAACCACGGAUAAAUUACUUUUAUAGUGUUGUGAUAGUAUGAUAUAUUGAUAUUGUUGUGAAUUAAAUUCAGAAGAAACUUUUAAAUAUUUUGUGAGCAAUUGUAAAUAACAGAUUUUUGUAUGGAUGACGUAAUUGCGUUUCAGUGAAGAAGCUAUGUUGCAGGAGGAACAAUUGUCUUUCAGGUUUUGUACAAUUGUAAUAAAAUGUGAAAUUUUAA